AUGAAUUCUCAAUAUCGGCAAAAAUCGUCGGACAGAAAAAGGGCCAAUCCCUUGAUUGAUUUAGUAGAGACUGAAAAGAAAUAUAUAGGUGAUUUGAAAUGUUUGCUAAGGAGAGUUACAUCUUGUUGGAGUUCCGAGGAUCUUCCUCCUCCUGAGUUGGACAUACUGUUUCGUGCUAUUGAGGAAAUUUAUAAACGGAAUAAACAUUUUUACUCGAAAUUGGCAAGGUUUGGUUCAUCACCUCAAUCUGCCGAAGAACUUGGUGAUGCUUUAAUGGCCUGGGUGGAUGAAAUGGAAGAGCCAUACAAAAAUUAUUGUCAAAAGUAUCGACAAGGUUUUGAUAGAAGACAAGAUAUUGAAGAAAAUUUAGUUUUACAGCAGACUUUAAAUGAUAUUUCUGCCGAAAAUAAUCAGCCGGUAUCGUUAGAUUACUUUUUUGACAUACCGAUUAAAAGGCUCCAUUAUUAUAAAAAAUUGUAUAUGCGAUUAUUUAAAAGCACGGAACCUGGUCGUUCCGAUCAUACCAUUUUAGCUUCUGCAAACGAACGGCUUGAUCAAAUUAUUAAUAUAGAAAAGCAAGUUAAAGAAUCAUAUUUGAAAAAUCCGAUAAAUAAUACCCAAAAGUUAUAUCCCACUGUACCUUCACCUUCACCUUCAGUAGAAGAACGUAUUGUAACUUCUAUCAAAGAUCCGAUAAAUAAUUCCCAAAAAUUGUAUUCUAAUGCACCUUCACCUUCAGUAGAAGAACACACUGUAACUUCUAUCAAAGAUCAAGUUUUUUAUUCAAAUAAUUCUCUGGCGCAGGAUUUUGAAUUCCAUUCGCCCUUACUCGAACGACUUCAACAAGAACAUAUUCAUUCAAAAAAUUCUCCGGUUCAGGAUCCUGAACUCCAUUCGCCCUUACUCGAACGACUUCAACAAGAGCAUAUUCAUUCACCUAUGCCACAAAGACUCCACUCUCCAAUUUCUCCAAUACGAGAUUACGAAACUUCAAUUUCAGGUUACUUUCCUGAAGUUUCUGAAGAUCCUAAGUCUAAUUGGAAUAUAUUAGACUUACAACACCUCAUUGAUACUUCAAAAACUUUCGAUAUACGUACUAAAAAACCUAGAAAAGUAAAUUUGGUCCUACAACCGCCCAGUUUACCUUUCAAACGAGAAAUAGUUCUCAAUGAUGAUUUCGUUAUCGAAGUUCCAGAAUACGAUAGUGAUGAAAGAUUUCAUGUACGAGCACAUUUGUUCUUGUUAACCGAUCUCCUGUUGAUUUGUCAAAAAAUUGAUUCAAAAAACCAAAAUAAUUUUAAAUUUUGGUUAAUGUAUCAACCGUUGAGCGGAAAAAAUUUAUCAAUAAGAGAUAUAAGCUAUGAGGAAGGAGAUAACUCCAAAGACACUUGGUUCAAUGAAAUCUCUAAAGCGAUAAAGUUUGCCUCAGCUGGUGCUGUGAGGCCACAUGUCAAUACAGAUGUAAGAAAUUUGAAUUCAGCAGGUAGUAGUCCACUUACGCGAUCUGCUUCUCCAAAUACAGGUGUGUUAACACCUAAUAGCUCAGGAAGUCUAUCAAGGUCACCUUCAAGCUCGAGACUUUCACCUACAAACUUGAGAAUUUCACCUACAAACUCGGGACUAUCACCUACUAGUCCAAGGAAAGUAGGAUUACCAUCAAGACCGAAUCAGUACCUUGGACCAUUAAAUGGACGUUCACAAACUCUUGAUACUCCACAUCGAAUAAGUGAUCUUUCAUCUUCUAAUUCUAUAUCUCGAUCACAAUCAUUAUCAUCUCUUAAACGUUCUAAUUCUAUAAGUUCUUUAUAUUCGGUCGCUAGUAUUGCGGUAAUGAGAGAAAAAAUUUAUGAAUCACCACCCUGUCAAAUAUUUUAUUGGAUUAAUGGUAAUUGGAAACCUUUAACAACAAAAGAUCUAUGUAUAAUAGAAGUAAGAGUAACAACUAUGAAUAAAGGAUGUUGGGCAAUUUUAUUACAAAAGGAUCAUCGUAUGAUACUUAACGCAUGGAUUCAUCCAAAUACUACAAUAGAUAGAAAUUCACCAACUACUAUUAGUAUUUCAUGUGAAAUGGGAUUAAACAAAGAAUUUUAUCGAAUUUCAAUGCCAACACCUGAAGAAACUGAUAGAUUUUUUGCAAAUUUAAAUAAAGUUAAACAUUUACCAUUAGAACAUCCUAAUAAUAAUUUAUUAACUCCACCACCAGGAUUAUUAAUAUCAAGAUCUUCUUCAUUACAAUCAUUACAACAAAAUAAUGAUGGUCGUGAAAUUGAAAAAUCUAUAAGAUUAGCAAUGGAAUGUAGAUGUAAAUUAUUUUUACAAAAUGAUCAUGGAAUAUGGACAAAUCUUGGUUGGGGAAAUAUGAAAUUAGAAAUUGAAUCACCAUCACAAAGAAAGAAAUUAGUAAUAAAUAGUGAGAAACAAAAUAAAAAAUUGGUUGAUGCAAUUGUUCGAGAAGAUGGUGUAGAACGAGUUGGUAGAGCUGGUGUGGCUAUUACUUUGAAUAAUAUAGAUUUAGCAAAUAAUAGGAGAAUUAUUUACAUGAUGCAAGUAAAAGAGGAAGCUAUGGCAGUAAAAGCUUAUGGAAUUAUGAAACAAGGGAAAUACAAUUAA